CAUUUGGCGUCAUGGCUGGCUAUUGUUGCCCCUCACAGCUGACCCAGAGGGAUGCCCUCACGUGAUUAACCGGAACGCCUUAGGAGUCGGUUUGUCUAGGCGUCUGCAGCAGUCUCUAUGGUCGACCCUUAGGUAUACAAGCGAGCUGGGAGGGAAACGGGUUUACCCGUCCUCUUCUUCCUGGUUCCGGUAGGCGGCUUUCUGAUACAGCUGGGUCUUGGCCUGUGGUGUUAAAACUGGAGCUUCUUAAUCUGCUGGGAUUUUCCCCUAUCCGGUGACAGAAAACAUGCUUGAUAACAUCAAAUCCUGGGCAACAUACAUUGUGGAAUGGGCUGCAAAAGAUCCAUAUGGAUUUCUCACCACGGUGAUCUUGGCCCUUACCCCGUUAUUCUUAGCAAGUGCAGUACUGUCAUGGAAACUGGCAAAAAUGAUUGAAGCCAGGGAGCGAGAGCAGAAGAAAAAGCAAAAGCGCCAAGAAAAUAUUGCGAAAGCUAAACGAACGAAGAAGGACUAAAACGGCAACCCACUGGACAGAACCCACUCCUUUUCUAAACAAAGCCCUGCUCCUACAUUUUGUACUUUUUGGUUGUAAAUUUUAGAGAUUUUGUGCAUAAACCCAAGAAUUCCAGAAAUGUGUUUAAUCUGUGUUAAAAUUUAAUAGCUUUAAGUAGUUUUGUCCUGGGACGUAUUUUCUAAUUUGGGUCUAUUUGUAAGCUACACUAAGUACAUCCAUGCAGUAUCUUGAUAAACUAUGAAUUGGUUGAUGAAUAAAGACCUAAGGAAUUAAAAUUUUAUUGUAUUAAAAA